AUGUCUUUUGAUUUGAAAUUAAAGCCAUCAUGUGGAGGUUGUGGAUCAACUUCUGAUCUUUACGGAAGCAAUUUGGAUAUUAAUUCCAAGGAUCCAUGCGGUUUUACAUACUUCCAGGAUGAUGGCGACGAUGAUGAUGAGGCUAAUGAAGAGGAGGUUAGAGUUUCUGAAUUUCACUUAAUCUGCAUGCAUUCUAUUCUGUCUUCCGAUGACAUUUUCUUGCCUGAACUUCUUAACGAAGCGGAUGAUGAUAUGAGCAUGUCACCUGUGUUGGCUCCAAAAAAGAAGGAUACACAUACACCUAAAGAAGAACUUGUUGACACUCCUGCAAAAGCAUCACAUUCAGCAUCCACUCCUGGAACCCCAUCUACAAAGCCUAAGAGAAAAGCAUCUGGAGAUGAUGCUAAAGUUGCCAAUAGUGCACCUUUGAAAACAGCGAAGAUGGAAACCGAUUCCAAGUCUUCUGCAAAAGAGGGGUCUGCAUCGGCUUCCAAAGGUAACAACGCCAUACCUUUGAAUCGUUCAGCUUCGUGGUCCGCCAAAGCUCCCGCAGACCCAUCUACUGGCCCUGUUACCGAGGAAGAAAUCAGGGCUGUCUUGCUAGAAAGUGCUCCGCUAACAACACAAGCUCUCGUGGCAGAAUUCAGGGAAAGACUGAAAUCAAAAGAGGACAAAAAUGCUUUUGCUGCAAUUUUGAGGCGAAUUUCAAAGAUACAGAAGUUUGUGGUAUUAAGGGAUAACAACGCCAUACCUUCGAGAGAUUCAGUUUCAGCGUCCACCAAAGCUCCUGCAUACCCAUCUACUGGCCCUAUUACCGAGGAAGAAAUCAGGGCUGUCUUGCUAGAAAGUGCUCCGCUAACAACACAAGCUCUCGUGGCAGAAUUCUGGGAAAGACUGAAAUCAAAAGAGGAGAAAAAUGCUUUUACCGCAAUUUUGAGACGAAUUUUAAAGAUACGAAAGUCCGAUGAGGCCAACUACGUGGUAUUAAGGGAUAAGAUCAAUGGGGGUAUUCGGGUAAGAGACCAAGAACAUGCUGCACAUAGCCAAGGAUCAAGAAAAUCAGCAGUUUAUGGUGCACCAUUCUAA